GUUACUUCACCAUUGCCUUCUGCGCUUUAGCGGUUUUCUCCCCCACCCCCCCAGCGUUAACCUUCUAUUAUGCACAAUGCGUGAUAAGCACAUUUCAAUAGGCCAAUAUAUUGACCCUGCAAUGUGCAUCUUGCUACAUUGUUGCAUGCGGAUUCUGCGUUUGAGUAUUCACUUAUAUUGAUUUCGCGCGAGGUCGUGUAGAUUGCUCGUGCUAUGAUUCAGGUCAACAUGGACGACUAACGUUAGUCAUUCCGUCUCCAGAGCUCUGGGGGGAAAAACCCUAGCACCACCAUGUGAAACGGCUGCGGGAACGGGUUGGUUAAUACAUUGCAAUUCUCUGUUGACAAGGAACCCACUGGUUCCACUGCCUCCUCCCAGCCUGAAAAUGAGUGAGCCUACUUCUACCGCUACAGAAGCCCCUAGCGAUGUGAUCCCUAGUGUAACUACUGGUGUUACCACUGAAGGUGUAGAUCAACUUUCUACUGAUGCAAACGAGCCCCCCAAGGAAGAGGUCAAGUUGGCGGCAACAGCAGGCAAGAAGCAGACCAAGAAGAAGGUGGAGGAGGUGGUAGAGGAAGAGGAGGAGGAAUAUGUGGUGGAGAAGGUGCUGGACCGACGGGUGGUAAAGGGACGCGUUGAGUUUCUGCUCAAAUGGAAAGGCUUCUCAGAUGAGGACAAUACAUGGGAACCGCAGGACAACCUGGAUUGCCCUGACCUGAUUGCUGAGUACAUGCAGAAUCAUCAUAACAAAAAAGAAAGUUACAAGAAAGAGUCUGGUGGCAAGAGGAAAGCUGGUGAGUCCGACACAGAGGCAGGGGGUGAAGAAGGCAGGCCCAAGAAGAGGAAAGAUGAGGCAGAGAAGCCCAGAGGCUUUGCUCGUGGACUUGACCCCGAACGGAUCAUUGGAGCCACAGACUCCAGUGGAGAGCUGAUGUUCCUCAUGAAAUGGAAGAACAGUGAUGAGGCGGACCUGGUGCCGGCCAAGGAGGCCAACAUUAAAUGUCCACAGGUGGUCAUAUCCUUCUACGAGGAGCGUCUGACAUGGCACUCCUACCCCACUGAGGAGGAAGAGAAGAAGGAUGAUAAGAACUAGCCACAGGUCCAGGAUGAAGGGGAAGGGGGUACAGAGGGUGGGGUUUAGCAUGGUGGGGAGGGACAGAGAAGCUGAUUUGUUUCAAAAGCUUCAUUCUACAAACCCGGACUGUUGAAACUAAAACAGAGGUUGACAGAUGGGUGGGGAUGAUGGGAAGACUUGUCAAGAAGGAGGUGGGUUGGGGGGCAUGGGUAAAUAGAACUCGUAAGUCUCAAGAUCACUUUAUCAGGCCUCACUUUUGGGUCUUAUCAGCUAGGACCAUGGGAUAUGUAGUUUUCAGUCCCUGAGCACUGAAUUGCUUUAAAAUCACCAGCUCCUCUUACUGUAGCUUCGCCUCAGAAAAGCUUUUGUCGAGAUACACUUUUGAGUGAGCGAGGUAUCACUACACCAGCUGAGUUUACAAAAUGGAAGGGUCAGAUUCCAAAACAUGAUCCAGCAAACGUUCUCCGCUAAUUCAAUUGAAAUAGCCAAUCUUCAUUUCCAGUUUUCCUGUGUGAAAUGUUGAAGUUGAUUUCUAGUCAGAACAUUAUCUUGUACCUACACAUCCCUCACCGAACAACUUGCAGUGCGUUUUAGUUUCUCUUUCGACGUUUUGAAGUGUUGGCACCUGCCCUCCCUUGCCAUAUCAUUAUCAUAUAAUGUGUAAAUAGUUGUGGUUUUAUUUGGUUAUGAGAGCGAUCUAAGAAGGAUUCUAUUUGAGUGUUUUGGAUGUUCAGACUGGAGUUAACCUAGAUUCUGGUCUUUAAGUGUUACGCAUAGGUGUAUAGAGUUGUGAACAAUGGUGUGAAGCAGGGUUUCCGUUAGGAAAAUGUGGUGCUGGACAUUUGACUGGCUGCAUUUUAAUUUACCAGACAUUUGAGACAUUUUCCCAACCCAUAUGAAUUGUGUGCGUAACCUGCUUAGGGCGUACAGCCACGGUGCUCCGAAUGACAGAGAUCACUUUUACGUGAUUGUGAUUCAUCUGAUACAUGAUGGUGAUUCAUCUAAAAAGAACAUGCAAAUGGAGGACGCAAUGGCGUGCAUCCUUACCGAAUUCCAAUGCGCACUUUGAAGAUGUUUAGAACAACUGUCCACGUGUACUUGUCCUCAGCCAACAAGACGAGUAACGAACAGCAAAAAUCACCUGCCUAUGUCAGUCUACUAUCCCCCACAGUGGAACAAUAAACCUAUUUAUUGGUCAGCUUGUCGUUCUGUGCGAGAAAGAAAUGGUCUACUCCAAACAGAUUCUGGGACAGUUGUGGGACGACAGAUCCCAAAUUUAUCAAACCAGUAGGCCUAGGCUACAUAAAACAAAACAGAAGCAUUUAAAGCAAUGAGGCGGAUGCUACCGAUCAGAACGUUUAGCUGAAAAUGUUGAUCAACUAUUAUUUCUUCACACUUCGCAAAUGUUUGUUCCGUAAUGCAAUUGUGAGCGGUUUCAUGGGAUGAAAAUAUCCAUUUGAUCUCCCCUCUUAAUCUAAAGAUGCAACAACUAGCAUGGGUUGCUAAUAUGACUAGGAUUGUGACUUUCAAUACUGGACAAUGAAAGAAAGUUGAUUUGAAAAUGAGAGAAAUAGGCUGCUGGUUUCAAUGGCAUACGGAACUCUAAAUUGCCUUCACGUUUCUACGGUCGGAUGUUGGCUAGGCUACUUUGAAGCAAGGGAAGACAUGCCUCAUAAUAUGAAGUAAAAUAUUCAGGUUUCAAACAAUUAAGUUAUUUUUUUUAAAAUGCAUACUGCCUCCAUUUCAUUGCUAAGGGGUGUGUGACGCGCUGAAGCCUGCAUAUUGUUGCCUAGGCACUUAAAAUAAGGGCGCUUCUAUUGCCAGAUAAGAAAUUAAAUAGUAGCUAUUUUUAAUGAUGGCCAUCAUCUUAUUUCAACACACGAUUGCAUUUAGUUGUGCAAUGAUUGGGCUUGUAAAAGCACGUUUGACUCCAGCAGCAAGGAACACGCUGUUUGAGAAGCUGUACCAGCAGCUCCUCUGUUCUGACAGAUUUUCCGCUCAAAUUAGGCUCUGCAUCUGUAUGCUGUGUGCAUGUGAUAAGAUGCAUAAAGACUAACGAAAAUACACAAACGGCAAUUUAAUUCCACCAAAUUAUGCAAAUGAACCUAUAGACUGAUAAUCUUGACCGGUCAUUUGCAUCGACUGGUAUUUCCAUCAAUGAAUAGGCUAAAAAGCAUUAUUUUUCAAUGGGAUUUUUUUUCUUCUCACAGAGGAUUGGCCGGCGGCAAUUUUAUUUAUCGGCAUUUCACUUUUUUUUAAUUGGCCAAAAGCCGGCGAAUUACUAGCCAACAGAAUCCCUGGUAUGGAGCAACUCACUUUGUUGUAGAGCACCAGUAUGACCUAUGUAAACCUGAGUUGUUUGUAGGCUCGUACCCAUGGCUAAUAAAACUUGAUUGGUGUGAUCCACUUUCCUGUCAGAUAACAUACCGGCAAUAAGUAAGAAGCUACAGACGAAGAUGCGAAAGACGGGCUUUCACUCAGAUUCAUCUUUGGUGGAAAGCUUCAUUUACUAUAACGUCCACAUAGUCUGUCCCGCUUUUCUUGUCGAGCUCUUCCCAUGUGCAGUACAUGCUCACCAUUCACAGGCUUCCUUGAGGUGAUUGGGGGGCUUUUGGGAGGUUUGGCAUUGCCAUCAAACUGCACUGUAAAUACGUGGAUUUGGAUUAAGGGGGUGGGAAGGGUUGGGCCCAGUCAAUGCCUAUGGUUGGCUGUGAUUGUGAAGAUGGGAUGGACAAAAAAAAAAAGAAAGUGUUUUCUUGCAAUGCAACCAACAUAAGCCAGUAAUGCAAGUGUCAAAUCCCUCCCAAGAGGUGUACACAGAGGUAAAGGUAGUGUCUAUGCCAGGGCUCUCCAACCCUGUACCUAGAGAGCUACAGUCCUUUUAUAUUUUUGCUCCAACUCUAAUCUAGCACACCUGAUUGUCAUAAUUAGCUGGUUGAUAAGCUGAAUCGGGUCAAUUAAAACGGGAACCUAUUGGAGAGUACCUCUCCAGGAACAGGGUUGGAAUGCCCUGGUCUAUGCACAUGCCUCGGUUUUACUAAACCCCUGUUUUGAAAUAAAGACUGGUCCCUAGGUAUAGUCUAUAUUGUGACUCAAAGUAAACACAACGGUUUUAUGGUGACCUGUUUUAUAGUGUAAAGUAAAUAUAUUCAAGGUGUUGACAGCCCACGUGAAUAUAGAUAAAUCUAGCAACUUAUCCAUCUCACACAACUGGCAAAAAAGAUGAUGGGCCCCCUGCCCAAGAAAUCGCAAGACCAGAUCAUGAUGGCCUCCAACUCAGCUAAUUCUACUUUCAGACUUGACCUUUGAGCUCUGAUGUUAAUACUCGCCCAGUCUGGACCUGUUAUAUUAAAAUGAGCUGCCAAUUAAAGAUCUGACACCCUCAGAGGUGGGUGGAUUAUAUUCGAGUUUGGUUUGUGGGGCUUAGCUACCGCUGGCUUAAUUGCAGAAUUGUUCACUGCUCUACUGCAUCUGAAUAUUCCUCUUCUUUAAAAAAAAAAAAAAAAAAUCCUAAAUUGUUAAGUCAUUGAUUUAAUCGAUUUAAUCACAGCUUGUAAUAGCUUGAAUGAAAGUGUUAACUGAUUAAUCGUGACUAACAUUUUAAAUGUUGAGGUACUGAAGACAACCACCUGUACCAGGGGUUUUACAGCCCUGGUAUAGAGCCUGUUGCCUUGGAUUGAUUUUGCAUUGGCAUUUUACUGCUCAUUUUAACAUUACAAGUCUAAGAGGGCUGUAUAUCUUUUCUAAUAUACUAGACCGGAAGAUUUCUAUAUAUAUACACAGUAUAUCCUAGACAAGUGGCUCAUAUGUAACCUUUUUAGUUAUUUUGUCUUUGACUCUUUCUCGUGUCUACUGAAGAUACAUCUCAUUGCAUGUUUCUUGCUUUCAAUCAAUGUCACCAUUUAAAGUGGUUACUUUUACUUGUAUAAAUGUUUUUGGACAAUAAAUCUUUUUUUGUUAACAA